AUGUGGCUCCCCGACCUGCUGAGAACACCUGAUGCUUCUCCUGAGCAAAGGAGGCAGAGGAUCGACAUCAGUGGGAGUGUGACCGCUGGAGAGCUAGAAACGGAUGGCAUCGUGUGUGGCUUGCUGAUGGUUAUAGCCGGGCUGUGCGGCUGGGCAAGCAAGGUGGAGGCCCCAGGCUGGGGCUCCCCUUCUGGCUGUGGGCCAGAGGCUUUCUGCCGGAGACAGUCCUCCUCCUCCGGCCACACCUCAGCCCGGUGCCUUCCCCGUAGAGCUCUAGCAGCCCGUGACCCCUCUCCCCCUUGGCAGCUGACAGCCACCAAACCGGGGCGGCUCCUGCUGCGGGAGAAAGGCACCUAUGUUAUCCUGCGGGAGCUGCAUAAGGGGGAAGAGGACCCGGGAGUCCGCGCUGCCUGCGAAAAGGUGAUCCAGGUCCUGAUUGGCGACGAGCCUGAGGCUGGGAUGGAGAACCUGCUGGAGGUGAAGAUCCCCGCAGAGGUGGAACAGCAGCUGCAGCGCCUGGAUCUGGAGGAGGAGGAGGAGGAGGCAGCGGCAGCGGCCUGCUAGGAAGGGCUGCGUGGAAGAGGAAGUGCUUUCCUCUUCGAGCCUUUGGGCACCAAAAUCCUGGUACCUCCUUUUGCCGCCCGAGGCGCUCCUUGGCACCUGGCCAGUGACUGAACAGAGGGUCCCCAGGAAGAGGGGAGUGAAGGGAGCAGCUGACGCCUGCCCUCAAUAAAGGCUCCAGUGCACUUUUC